GGGGGAAUCAGAUGAGCCACAUCUGGACAGCUGCGCUGGGAAUGUACGGCCCCUUCUCGGGCCGACGUCGGCUGAGCACGUCUCCCACGUUCUCUCCUUGCAGCCACUUAUUAUUAUUCAUUUUCCCAAUGAAGCAACCUGGAAUCCAAGUUUAAAACUUUUCCCCUCUAAUGCGAGAGGGAGCCAGGUCCCAUCCUACUUGUUUAACGUUCUUGGAGCUCUGUGAUCCAAAGGACAGAAACAGCAACAAAAGCCCAGCCGCUGUCUGAUUUAAAACUGGCAAAGUGGGAAAACUAGUAUUGAGUAAGACCGAGUUGGUUAUGGGGAAUUUCAAAGGCCAUGCCCUCCCUGGAUCCUUCUUUCUUUUCAUGGGGAUUUGGUGGACUAUAAAGUGCAUUCUGAAAUAUGCCUUCAAAAAGCAGAAACGGACUUCUUACCUUGAUUCCAAAGCAUUAUUCCGUCGAAUUGAAAUUUUGGAAGGAAUCAUAUCAGUUGGAAUGACUUUAACUGGCAUCCUUGGAGAACAGUUUUUUCCUGGAGGACCACACCUGACCUUGUAUGACUACCAAGAGGGUCAGUGGGUCCAACUCCUGAGCUGGCAGCAUUUUACCAUGUACUUCUUCUUUGGGCUGCUGGGUGUGACAAACAUCUUAUCUUCUACCAUCAUUUCACUUCCUGCCUCCUUUAGCAAGUUAAUGUUAUCAAACGCCUUAUUUGUGGAGGCUUUUGUCUUCUACAAUCACACUCAUGGCCGGGAAAUGCUGGACAUCUUUGUGCACAAGCUUCUGGUCUUGGUCAUCUUUUCGACAGGCCUGAUUGCCUUCUUGGAGCUCUUCACACAGACCAGUAUAACUGUGGAACUUCUGCGGACAAGCCUUAUCCUGCUUCAGGGAAGCUGGUUCUGGCAGAUUGGGUUUGUCCUUUAUCCUCCCAGCGGAGGUCCUGCAUGGGAUUUAAAGGAUCAUGACAACAUUAUGUUUCUCUCCAUAUGCUUUUGUUGGCAUUAUGCAACAGCCAUUGUCAUCGUUGGAGCAAUUUAUGCCUUUGUCACCUGGCUGACUUCUGGGCCUCCUCUCCUUAGGGGCUGGGCAGCCUCCAAGAAUAAAGCCGGCGUUCAAGCAGUCUCUCUACCCCAUGUCAGCUCCCAUCCAGAGCCAAAAGAAGACUAUUGUCUCUUCCUGUUUCAAAAACCUUCAGACCACUAAUGAAUCUCUUAUCCACCUAUAGUUUUCUAGAAACCAGAAACUCCAUGUUUACUAUUUCAAUUGCCUCUCCUUACCCAGAACCUUUGACUUAUUGACCACAUAGUUACCUCUACCUGUCAUAUCCCAAUUAAAUGCUCAU